AUGAGCCUGAUCCUGUUUGGGACUCUGCCCAUCAAGAACCCUUGUGCCUCUCUGUCCAGUGUCACCGUUGCUCUCUGUGUUUUCGCCUUCCUCCUGAUGGCCCUCAGGGGCAGAAAGAGCCACAGGUCCUUCCUCCACCUCCACCGUGACUCCCAGCUGGACCACACAAAAUACCCCCCUCCUCCUGGCCCCACACCGUGGCCCCUUGUCGGGAAUCUGCUCCAAAUGGGGGACCAGAUUCAUCUUUCUCUCACGUGUUUGAGGCUCCAGUAUGGGGAUGUUUUCAAGAUGCGUCUGGGCUCUCUGAGUGUUGUCGUCCUGAGUGGGUACACCACCAUCAGGCAGGCUCUGGUUCGGCAGGGGGAAGCUUUCGCCGGGCGGCCUGACCUUUUUACUUUCUCUGCUGUGGCCAAUGGGACCAGUAUGACCUUCAGUGAGAAGUACGGAACAGCGUGGCUGCUCCAUAAAAAGCUCUGUAAGAACGCUCUCAGGUCUUUCUCCCAGGCUGAGCCCAGAGGAUCCGGUGCCACCUGCCUUCUGGAGGAGCAUGUAUGCGCCGAGGCCGCUGAGAUGGUGGAGGUGAUUCGUGAACAAGCUGCUAAAGGGCAAAUGGAUCAUGAUGUAACAGGUAUAGAUCCAGUGACGCCCCUGGUGACCUCAGUGGCAAAUGUGGUCUGUGCCCUGUGUUUUGGGAAAAGGUAUGACUACAACGACAAGGAGUUUCUCACGAUCGUUCACAUCAACAACGAGGUCCUGAGGAUCUUUGCAGCAGGAAACCUGGCUGACUUCUUCCCAGUGUUUCGCUACUUUCCAAGUCCAUCUCUGAGGAAGAUGGUCCAGCACAUUCGCAGAAUGAAUGGAUUUAUGGAGCGGAGCAUUGAGGAACACAUCAAUACCUUUGAUAAGAACUGUAUCCGGGACAUUACAGAUGCUCUGAUUGCACUUUGUGAAGACAGAGAAGAAAACAAGGACACAUCGGUGCUCUCCAACUCUCAGAUCAUUCACACCGUCAUAGACAUCUUUGGAGCUGGAUUUGACACCAUAAUUGCUGGAUUGCAGUGGAGCCUGUUGUACCUCAUCAAGUUUCCUGCCAUCCAGGACAGAAUACACCAGGAGAUAG